GCGUGUGAGGGACAUACCUGCGCUCUAUAAAAGUGAGGGCCAGCGUCUCCGCUUCAUCUCAUCUUUUGCUGAGGACAAGCUGCUGUCGUCUCCGCGCGCCUUCAAACAGCAGAAUGUUUGUCUUCCUAUUCGUCGCUGUGCUCUGCACCGGCUGCCUGGCUGUUCCCAUGAUGCACUACUCCUACUCUCCUUCGGUCGGAGGUGGUAGUGGCACUUCUUUCUCCACGGAAGGAGGAUACGGAAAGAUCACAGCGAUCAGAGUCUGGGAGCUUAACAACGCUUACAUCGUUGGCAUCCAGCUGCGCUACGGCGGCAUCUGGACUGAACGAGCUGGUCGCGAAAUUGGCGUCCCUGAAGAGCUGGAGCUCUUUGACGGAGAGACGAUUGUUCAGGUGUCUGGUAAAUACCACUCCAACUACAUCUAUCAGUUAAAGUUUGUGACCUCCAGAGGGCGCAUACUAUUCGCUGGCCAGCCACUCUAUGCCUCCUUUAACUUCUACGCUUCCCACCCGGACGCGGAGCUCAAACUGCUGAGUGGCCGCUCCGAUGGGUCAGGGAUCACUGCGUUGGGAGCUCACUGGGGAGUCCACGAGGAGGAAAGCAACACCACCGACGUCUAACCAACACCAAUAAUAAUCCAUUCAACAGAACAAAAACAAACACAUUCCUGAUUACCUUUCAAGCUUCCCUCAGUUUGUGAUUCAGUUAAACACACAUAAUCUAUUAAACAUGUACUUUACAGAUGAUACAUUGCAUGAAGGAGUUAAAAGUUUUAUCUAGGCUAUAUAAAAUGACUGUCGUUUUUUCUUUUCCUCACACAAAAUGAUCUUUGAUUUACACAAUUAAAAGUCUCAACAGCAUGUUAGACGGCUUACUGCUCAUUUACUGUACAAUACGUACCUCAAAGAUACAACUGCAAACAGGCCUGAAAUGUUUCUUGUCUUACAUGUUCUGAAUAAGCUCAACUUUACUGCUUUUUAUCUCUUUUAAUUCAACAUUUUAAAGUUGAUUAAAAAAAAAUUGGAAUUUGUGCCAAAGAGAGUUCACGUCAAUUUUUACAGCUUUUUACCUCACGAGUGAACUAUAAUCACAGAUAAAGACAAAUAUAAAGACAAAUAUAAUCAGCCCCCAAACUGAGAUUUGAGACUUGAGAUCAAUGCUCUUGUGUUUAGUUCAGCUGUUCGGAUGACGUUUGGAUAACACUUGAUGUAUUUUCUAUUUGAACCAUUAGUUGAUGACAGAAUAUGUGAAGGACACACAGGUGACAUGUUAAUGCAGGUGAUACGUGUUAUGAUUUGAUCUCCUCUUAUGUGAUGACAUUAUAGGGUGCCUUGUUUUGGAUGACAAGUUUUUGGAAUGUACCAUACGUGUGUGUGUGCGUGUGUGUGUGUUUCUGCAUCAUCUAAGCUUGUUUUAGUCACGUUAGUUUAAAAAUCACUCACUCAACACAUAUUUCUUACUAUAAAUGUUUUUAUUACGUGGUGAUCUAAUAAAUGCUAUUUGUAACCAUGA